AUGGCUUUGGUUGAAGAGACUAAAUCAAUGAUUAAACAAGCGAAAAGUGAACAAUUGAGUUAUAAACUCAAAGAAUAUUAAAGAUAAAUAGAGAAUUAGAGGGAAAUUCAAUCCUAAAUAAAGAAUUGAAAUUGUCAAUUAGCAAUACUUAAAGAAAAGUUUAAUGUAAUAUAGAUUAGAAAUAACUUAAAUGGAAAUUCAGUUAGAAUAAUCAGAAAUCAAAAAUAUAAGUCUUUUCUUUUGAAGAAGAUGUGUGACUUUUAUCAAAGAAUUACAAAGGAUCAUUAAGUUUUGAAUUACCUAAGUAAUUGGAUAAAUCUAUAGAUGACAAUUCUUAUGUUUAUUCAUUACAAUAGUAAUUGGUAAUUGUAAUUCAUAAUUAAAUGUCCAAUUCUUAUCUAAGGUUAGUGAAACUUAGAAAUUACUAAGGUGGAUGAGGAACAUUCAGAAAUUAAAAAAAAACUAUAAUUAUAUUCUAAGAAGGAGGAAAACCCAUAAGUAAUUAUUCACUUAUACAUCAAAUUAGUAAACACCAAGUUUGAAUAUCUAAUGUAAUAAACAUGGAAAAGAAAUUAUCAUGUUUAAUUUCAACCCCAGAAAAAUAAAUUGA